AUGCCGAAGAAGAAGAUUGCUGUCAUGACCUCGGGGGGUGACUCCCCGGGCAUGAACUCCGUCGUUCGAGCCGUCGUCCGUACGGCCAUCCACUUCGGUUGCGAUCCGUACUGCGUCUACGACGGAUACGAGGGUUUGGUCCAGGGCGGACACAUGAUCAAGAGGUUUCACUGGCAGGAUGUCCGCAAUUGGCUCUCGCAGGGCGGUACCCUCAUCGGCACCCAGCGUUGCGCCUCCUUCUUCGAACGGUCCGGCCGUAUGAUCGCCGCCAAGAACAUGGUCCUGAACGGCAUCGAUGCUCUCAUCAUCUGUGGCGGUGACGGGUCCCUCACCGGCGCAGACAAAUUCCGCUCGGAAUGGCCCUCUCUGCUUCAGGAACUCGUUGCCUCCAACGAGCUUACCGAACAGCAGGUUGCCCCCUACCAGCACCUCAACAUCGUCGGCAUGGUCGGCUCCAUCGACAACGACAUGUCCGGUACCGAUGUCACCAUUGGUUGCUACUCCGCCCUCGACCGCAUCUGCCAAAUGGUUGACUAUAUCGAGGCCACUGCCACUUCGCACGCCCGCGCCUUCGUCAUCGAGGUCAUGGGUCGUCAUUGCGGAUGGCUCGCCCUCAUGGCUGGCGUCGCUACCGGUGCAGACUUCAUAUUCAUCCCAGAAAAGCCUAGGCAGGACGACUGGCGGGAGGAGAUGUGCAAUCUCGUUAAAUGUCACCGAGAUUUAGGAAAGCGCAAGACCAUCGUCAUUAUGGCCGAAGGAGCCCACGAUAGGCAAGGUAACAAGAUCAGCUCAGAGAUGGUCAAGGAUAUUCUGGCCGACAAGGAUGGUCUGGCCCUCGACACUCGCAUCACCACCCUAGGCCACGUCCAGCGCGGCGGUUCGGCCGUCGCCUACGACCGGGUCUUGGGCACCCUUCAGGGCGUCGAGGCCGUGCGAGCUGUUCUGGAGGCCACUCCUGAAACCGAGACGUGUUUUAUUGCCAUAACCGAGAACCAGAUCGUGCGACGUCCUCUGAUGAAGGCCGUCCUGGACACAAAGGAAGUUGCCAAGGCCGUCCGGGCUCAGGAUUUCGAGAGGGCCAUGGCACUGCGCGAUACCGAAUUCGCCGAGCUGUACAGGUCAUAUAUGAUGACAACCAGCGUAGUGGCCGAUACAGACACUAUGGCACCGGAGAAGGAGAGGAUGAAGAUUGGUUUCAUCAACGUCGGUGCGCCAGCCGGUGGAAUGAACGCAGCUGUUCGCGCUGGCGUCGCGUAUUGCAUCGACCGCGGCCACGAGCCCAUCGCAAUUAACAACGGAUUCGCCGGUUUUGCCAGACAUCAUGACGACAAGCCCGUCGGCUCGGUGCACCCCUUUAACUGGCUUGAAGUCGAUGGAUGGGCCAGCAGGGGAGGUUCCGAGAUUGGAACGAACCGCGAACUCCCCUCCGAAUCGGGUAUGGAACUGGUUGCCAACCUGAUCGAGCAGUAUAGGUUUGACGCCCUCUUCAUCGUUGGUGGGUUCGAGGCCUACCACUCCGUCUGCCAGCUCCGACGCGCCCGGGAGCAAUAUCCCUCCCUCUGCAUUCCCAUGGUCCUGCUGCCAGCCACCAUUUCCAACAACGUGCCAGGCACCGAAUACUCUCUCGGUUCCGACACGUGCUUGAACGAGCUGGUCAAUUACUGCGACAAGGUCAAGCAGUCGGCGUCGGCUUCACGCCGGCGCGUCUUCGUCGUGGAGACCCAGGGGGGCAAGUCCGGCUACAUCGCCACCCUAGCCGGCCUCAGCGUGGGGGCCAGCACCGUGUACACGCCGGAAGAGGGCAUCGACCUGGAGACACUGACGGCCGAUGUCAACUACCUGCGUGACGUCUUCGCGAAGGACCAUGGUCAAACUUCGUCCGGCCGCCUCAUCCUGGUCAACGAGAAGGCGGACCAGGUCUUCAAUGCCAAGCUCAUCGCCGACAUCAUCCGGAAGGAGGCCCGCGGCCGCUUCGAGUCGCGGGACAGCAUUCCGGGCCACGUCCAACAGGGCGGCGUCCCCUCGCCCAUGGACCGGUGCCGCGCCGUGCGGCUCGCCAUUAAGUGCAUCCAGCACCUGGAGCAGUUUGGGCCCUGUUCGCACAACAGGUCCAAGAAGGAUCCCAUGAGCGCCUGUGUCAUUGGCAUCAAGGGUGCCCAGGUCGUCUUCACCCCCGUGGAAGAACUCGAGGAUACGGACACCGACUGGAAAAAUCGCCGCCCCAAGACGACUCACUGGGCCCAUAUGAAGGAAGUGGUCAGUAUUUUGGGCGGGCGGCCGUCACACCCCAUGCCCGAGACACCGCUCACGGGCAUCGUGGCUAAGGAUGUCAAGAGGGGUCUCACAUAUGUCUAG